UAGCUACUGGCAAAGAGGGCACAGGCUGGUGGCGAGAGUUUGUGGUCCCCAUGGCGGAAGGUACGGAAUUCAGGCCACCAGAGCUGCACGCAGACAGGGCUGAGGUGAAGGUGGAGGCCGCUACAGAAGGCAUUGCACUAAAGAGGCUCUUCGCUCAGCCUUACAAGCGGUUCAAGGUGUCGGAGGACCGCGUACGAGAACAUGUGCAGUCUCUCGGCUACUUGGACCACACCAGCGUAGAAGGCCGAGUGGACAUCUGCGACCCUGGCGACCCGUACACCUUUGUGGAUGAGGACAUCGAGUACAGGUUCACCAACAAGAGAGGGAAGGGGCCGUGUCAGGACAGAGACCCCAGCAAGAAGGGAAAGGCUGAAGACGGCUUUAAUUCCAGGGAGGCAACGCCAAGCAACUCUACCCCAGUGCCUGAUGGGAAGGAUGCCAUGUCCAUUUCAGUCCUGCUCCUAAAUCAGAAGACUCGCGGCAGGACAGUGCUUCAGCCAAAGCAAACCCCAGCCUGACGAGGGAGACGGACCUCGUGGUCCUCAUAUCAGAC